CAACGCUUGUUUCCGGUUGGUGUCCGCCUGUUAGCUACCAUGGUUACCUAACAGGGUUAGCCUUGUUAGCUUGAUGCUAGUGUUCCUCUGUCAGCAUGGCUGCUCGUUUACCAGAAGACACGGAACUAACAGAGCGACACGAGGACAUUUUAGGAAGAAGAGCAGAGCUGCUGGAGGACAUGGAGCGUGUCAGAGAGCAUCACAGAGAGCAGCUGAAGGUCCAGAGGAGGCAGCAGGUGAAGGAGCGUGAGGCUGCUCGCCACAGGAACGCCACACUGCUGCAGCAGUUCAACAAGAUGGAGGAUCGUCUCAGAGGAAAACAGCUGCCGUGCCCACGUCUCCUGGCUCUGGAGACAAGAUAUUGGGCAUCUGUGGAAGACUCUAUCCCAGUCUGGGAGCACUUCCUCCUGGGUAAAGGCCCGCACCCUACUCAUGGUCCGGGACAGCCACCCAGGAGAGCCAAACAGAGACCCAGCACAGCCAAAGACCAGAGCCUGCCUCCUCGCCCAAAACCCAGGACUGCUCGAUAGGAGAGCAGUAAUGCUGAUGCUGCCGCUGUAGCGUGAAGGAUAGCUUUGAUGAUCACAUGAUGCAGCUGAUCACAGGCCUGUUGAUUCUCAUGCCCCACUCAGACCCUCCUUCAUGAGCAUCCUCCCAUCACGGUUUGGAGGACGCUUUGGUGCACAAGCCUUUCUUUCAGGAAUGGAGAUUGAUUCAGUGAUAGAAACAUUUAAAGGUGCUAAAUUCAAUAUCCAGAGCAUUGAAAUUCACUGUUUAGAAUCCAAAAUAGGUCACCUACAUGAUUUGUGCAGAUCCAAUGAGUUUUUGAAACGGGAGAGGAUUGUCAGUUGCACUAUGGCGAGCGCAAAUGAAACGCCGGAGCUGGAAGACCCGCCUGCAGGUUCCUGAUCAGCUACUUCAGCAACGGAGAGAGAGUUGUCUAUAAGACGAGGCCGGUGUGUCGCCGUCGCUCCACCAUUGUAGAGGAUGUGAAUGCAAAACUAACACAUCAAACUUGCUAACGCAUCACCCAGAUGUGCCGAGCACCAGGACGAGGAAAAAACAAGCCGGAGCCCAGCUCCUUAUCCCCGCUGCUUUGGCAUACAGCCAACGUGGAACUAAUGAAACCUAAUGCUCAUGUUUUAUUUUGUAUUAUUCUAUUCAGUACUCUCCGUUUCAUAGCAUUAAUACAUGCGUUUCGGUUUUAUAAGCGGUUGUGAGUGACCUGUUGCCUUUUUGGGGAAAGUGUUUGUUCAGUGUUCCUACAGAAUAAUACACAAGUGAUGGAAAUGUUCCUUAUUUUUAUAAUGAAAAUAGUUUACUAAAGUUAGCAGAGAGCAAAAUGCUGCCUCAGUCCCCAGCAGGAGGACCGUGUCUGUCUCUGACACUACUGGUGUAUUAGUUCAGAUUGUCAGUGUGCAGUCAGAAUAAGAGACAGUUUACCAGUGAAAGAGACGAGAAUUUUACUUGGAUUUGGUGUUUGACUGUAGACUCUGGUUGCCUUUAAAGUUGAUAAAGAUAAUAAGUACAGAUAUGAUAUAUUUUCUAAUCUAAAAUAUAGUUGGAUAGUUAUCCAUAGAUAUAGAGGAGUAAUGUCUA